ACGAUCCCCCGGUGAAGUGCCGAGCUAAGCUCUCGUCUCCUCGAGCCAUCCGCCUCCAAAUCCGCGGACCAGCCGCCUGCCCGCCGUCCCGCACCGAUGGCCGUGCUGGAAGAAGAUCCGGCCCCGGUACCCGCCGCCGAUUCUACCUCCGGUGCUAGCGAUGAUGAGAUAACAGUGGAAGAAACUUCCUUUGUGCAUACUGAGCCUCCUCAAGAUGGCACUGCUCCACCUGUGGUUACCUCUGAUAUGGAAGUCCUUAAUGAUAAAGUCAAAAAGCAAGUCAUCAAGGAAGGCCAUGGCAAGAAACCCUCAAGGUUUGCCACAUGCUUUGUUCACUAUAGAGCAUGGGUUCAAGGUUCUUCGCACAAAUUCGAGGAUACUUGGCAAGAACAGCAUUCAAUUGAACUAGUACUUGGAAAAGAGAAAAAGGAAAUGACUGGUUUAGGCAUUGGUGUCAGUAACAUGAGAAGUGGGGAGCGUGCAUUGUUACAUGUUAACUGGGAGCUUGGCUAUGGGAAAGAAGGAAGCUUUUCAUUCCCAAAUGUCCCUCCAAUGGCAGACCUUGUAUAUGAAGUUGAACUUAUUGGGUUUGAUGAUGUCAAAGAGGGAAAAGCCCGAAGUGAUAUGACAGUGGAAGAAAGGAUUGAAGCAGCAGACAGGAGGAAGAUUGAAGGCAAUGAAUAUUUCAAAGAAAAGAAGUUCGAGGAGGCUAUGCAGCAAUAUGAAAUGGCAAUUGCAUACAUGGGGGAUGAUUUCAUGUUUCAAUUGUUUGGGAAGUACAGAGACAUGGCCUUAGCUGUGAAAAAUCCCUGCCAUCUCAACAUGGCCGCAUGCCUGAUCAAACUGAAGAGAUUUGAUGAAGCUAUCGCACAGUGUACAAUUGUGUUGUCAGAGGAUGAAAACAACGUGAAAGCGUUGUUCAGACGAGGAAAAGCUAGAGCUGAACUUGGUCAAACAGAAUCAGCAAGGGAGGACUUCCUGAAGGCCAAGAAGUAUUCUCCAGAAGACAAGGAGAUCCAGCGCGAGCUUCGGUCGCUCGCGGAGCAGGAUAAAGCUCUGUACCAGAAACAAAAGGAGCUAUACAAAGGUCUGUUCGGGCCAAGGCCUGAACCCAAACCGAAGGCGUCAAAUUUCCUAGUUCUCUUCUGGCGAUGGCUGGUCUCCUUAAUUGGCUAUCUUGUUAAACUGUUCAAACGCAAGGAUGAGUAGGGAUAGGACAUGUUUUACUGGAAAAAUUAUGCAGUAUUGACCAUCUUGUACUGUAGGUUGGAAAUUCGAGUUGUGCAGCACGCAAUCGGUGUCAAAUAUUGUUGUUAGAAACUCCUGACAUUUUUGUGCUUCGUGAGCAUUGGAGCUAUGGUUCGUAUAGAGCUUUUAACCUUUUGCUUGUGGGUACACUUUUUUUGAACAAUAUGUGGCUUGAUGCUAUAGUUUCUACUCAAGGCGAGUAGGCGACAA